AUGGGCGACGAGCUCGCGUCGGCGUUGCCACCGGCCGGCUCCAUCACGCUGGCGGUGUGCUGCGCGCUUGGGAGUGCGAUGUUUUCGGGCCUGACGCUGGGGCUUCUCACGCUGGACAUUGUGCAGUUGAAGCUGCUGAUUAAUCGGCCGAACAAGACGCCGCAGGACGAGCGGAACGCGAGGCACGCACGGAAAAUCCUCCCACUCCGGUCCGAUGGAAACUACCUCCUCGUCACCCUUCUCACGGGGAACGUCGCCGUCAACGCAGGCUUCUCCAUUCUCCUCGGGGACCUCACAGAUGGGCUCGUCGGCUUUCUGGUGUCGACUGUGGUCAUUACGAUCUUUGGAGAAAUCAUUCCACAGGCCGCCUGCGCUAGACACGGCCUCCUCGUCGGUGGACUCCUCGCGCCGGUCGUCUACGCGCUUGAGUGGCUUCUGUUCCCCGUCGUCAAGCCGAUCGCCAUGAUCCUUAACUGGGUCCUGGGAGAGGACCUCGGGACGAUUUACGACAAGAAGCAGCUGAGUGCAUUGGUGGACUACCACGACAACGUGGUUCACGUGCUCACGCGCGACGAGGCGCGUAUACUCAAAGGAGGGCUCGAGUUUGCCUUCACGAGGGCUGAGGAGGUGAUGACGCCGCUAGAGGAAGUCUACGGCAUCGACGUGGACAGCAGGCUGAAUUACGAUGUGCUCGCGGACGUUCUGUCGAGCGGCUUCAGCCGCAUUCCGGUUUUUGAUCGCGGCAACUCGCAGUGCAUCGUCGGGCUCUUAUUCGUGAAGGACCUGAUUCUCGUCGAUUACCACGCAGAAGUCGAAGUGCGGACGCUCCUUCAGUUCUUCGGCCGCGGGCUCUAUGCCGUCGACGACGACACACCGUUGCUCGAAUUGCUUAAGACCUUCAAACAGGGCGAGACGCAUCUGGCGGUGGUGCGGCGGGUGGCGGACGACGGCGAGGGCGACCCGUUUUACAUGCACGUGGGCAUCAUUACGCUGGAGGACGUCCUCGAGGAGAUUCUGCAGGACGAGAUCAACGACGAGUUCGAGCGAGACAAGUCGCGCAGUCACCGGCGCCGGCAUCCGCGUCUCGCGCCUGCGGGCGACGCCGGCAUGGCCUACUUCUCGCAGACCGGCUCGCUGGCGCCGCGUCUCUCGGUCUCCUCGAACGUCUGGCCUUCCAAGGGUGAGGAGGACGCGUUCUUGCGGAGCCUAGCGGCGGAGGAGAGCGGCCGCGCCAAGGCGAGCGAAAAAAGCAAGCCGCGACAACGCGAGUGUCAGCGCAAGCUCUGGUCGCGGGGCGGGCGGCGCCGCGGCAGCACCGGCAGCAGCCACGCGCCGCUCAACUCCGCAGAGUGCCGAGGCGCAAUCGACGGCGAGAGCGACGCGGAAAGCCAGCCGAGCGGCGGAGGAGGGGUCGAGGAGCGGCAGGCUCGAAAGGGCCGCGACGCGCCUUCGUCGUUCUUCAGCAGGCUGUGCUGCCCCAAGAAGCCCGCCGCCGAAUGGCGGAAGGGUGCGGGAGCGACGCGGGCGCGGAAGGCCUCGGCCAACGAGGCGCGCAGCAACGGCGGCGCCGCGGACUGCCAGCGGCUCCUGCGGGAGAUGCGCAGCAGAGGCGUCUCGAGCGAGGGCGGCGGCGAAGGGCUCGAAAUGAUGCCGCUGGCCCCGGUCGCGCCGCCCCCCCUCGAGACCGAGCGGAGAGCGGAGGAAGAUGCGGAGGCUGAGGACGCCACGGAGCAGAACGAGGGAAUCUGCACGCGACACCUCGAGCUCUUCCCCUCCUGGGGCUGGCGCGGCGACCGCUCGAGCUACGCGGCGAAACUCCUCAUGCGAGGCAAGCUGAAGAUGUUCUACGACUCGCACCACCGGACCCGGACGGCGGAGCCUUUCACGGCGACUGAGGGGCGCGCUAUCGCGUCUUUCCUCUCUUCGUCGACGCCCGCAUUUUCGCCGCAGAUCGUUCAGGAGUCGCUGCUCGUUUCACUACUCUCCUUCUUCUGCUGCAUCCAACCGCCGCCGGGUUCGCUCCUCUGGCGCUCGCCGCUCCAUCCUGAAAUCCUUCCACACCGAAAGGCCGGCGAGCGAACCGGCGCUGCGGCCUUCCAGCCCUUCGCCGUUGUUAUCCUCUAUGGACGCGUUCGGCUGUACGUGGGCGAAGAAGCGAUUCCGUGCACCACUGGGCCCUGGUCAUGCCUGGCGCUCAAGGCGCUUGGAAGUCCUCCUCCGUUCCUUCUCGGUCAGGCGUCAUCGGAGAGGUCGGGCGAGACAGGGGCUGUUUCCCGCAGCCCGUCACCCGUGCCGCAAGGCACCGCGCCCUCGGCGAGUGCGGGAGAGGCCGCUUCAGCGGAGCCAGUCUGGCGCUCGGCGGCUUCGCCCUGCGCCAAUUUUUACCAUUUUGCCGAGUCCGCGGCGCAUGCGGCGGCCUUCCCCGACUUCCUCUCUUCGUCUGGCUCUUCGCGCGCGUCGUCUGCAUCGGCGCCCGCGGAGUCUGCAGGCCGCGAGCUCGCCGGCACUCCGCCGCAGGACGGUGUGUCUCCGCGCCGCGCCCUACCUGCGGCUGCCUCGGCGGCCUGCGCCUCUUCGUGGGCCUCCUCCUCGUCUGCAGCAAGCCAUCCCUCUCGCCAGCGUCUGUGGCCGUCGGCGCGUGGCUCGCCGGUCGCCCUUCCUCUCUCGUCCCUUCCUUCUUCCUCUUCGCCGCUGUCUGCGUUCCCCCUCGGGCUGCGCGAGAGUCGCGUGCACCAGCCCGCCGUCGACGCCGCGUCUCCUCUCUCGACAUUUUCGCUCUGCGGAGCCGAGGCGGUCGCACAGCUCGCCGAAGACUCGUCUUUGUUUGCUUCUCGUCUUGGUGCGGCGGAGGAGGACGGCGCGGGACCUGUCGGCGGACGAGAAGAAGACCGCGAGGCCUCGCGCUGCACGCCGCCGGCAGACGCGGACCGUACAGAACGGCGCCGCGCGCUUCGACGCAGCGGCGCCGCCCCCCAUACAGGAGGCUCUGAUGCGGACGUCUCGAACGCGGAGUGUCGUCGUGCCUGCGAGUGCGCGCUGCCUGGCGGGCGCCCGCCAGAGGCGCGGUCGGCAGCCGGCAGGUGGAAGGGCCCUUGGCGCUGCAGUCGCAAGCGCGACAGCCCGCGGUACGCCCCGCUGGUGCCGCGGCGCCGGCUGCUCAGCGACGCCUCUGCGGCCGCGGACGCGCCCGCCGCGCGCACAGCGUCUCGCGCAGCCCGAGGCUCCCUCGUCGGCAGGCACUCGCAGGCAGUCGGCUCGACGCGUGUGGAGGACAUCGACAGCGACGGCGCGCCUCGCUCCUCGCGGUGGCGCCGUUCCCAGAGUGCAGGCGAACUGCCCGGCAGCCGCGCGGUCUCGCAGGAGUCGCUUCUCGCUCGGCUUCGCGCGGAUCUGAGUGAGGCAGGGGAGGACGGCGAGGAGGAUGCGCGUUGUGCGUCUCACUCCUUUGACGCCGCGCUGCGGCCGCGCUGGGCGUCUUCGCAGGCAGGAGGCGCGGGCGCAGGCCUCGGCGCCCGUUUGAGGGACGGCUGGGCGCAGGCCACUGCGUCGAAUUCGAACGCGUCUCUGCAGAGCGUCGAGGCAGACGUGGAGGGGUGCCGCGCGGCGUGCGUUUUGGAGGACCCUCAGCGGCGAGUGCAUCUCGAGGAAGUCUGCGUGUGCGGCGUCUCUCUGCCGUGGUCGCCGGCCGCUGGGGCGAGAGGCGAGGGCGCGGCCUACGAGGCAGAGCGCGCUGAGGACGCGACGAAAAACAGCGCUGACUUUGCAGCUGCAUCUCGGCGGAGAGACGAAUCACUGGAGGAGGAUGGGAAGCCUGCCACGUGCCUCCCGCGACUUCCUUUCCAGACACACGCGGCGCGAAGCAAGCCGAGAAAAAACGCGCGCGAGAGGUCCCCUGAGCGGAAUUACCUGUUCCACUGGGGCGACCUUGGCGCAGGCUCCUCGGGCGCGGCGCAGGAGACUCGGCAGGGGAAAGAGGGAGAGAGCGAGGACGCGCGUCACACCUGCGUCGACCCGAAGUCACGGCCCCAACAAACUCUGGAGGAACAAAUGCGCAUGCAGAACCUCAGACUUCGCCACGCGGCGCGGCGGCUGCAGGAGGAACUCGGGUGCGACGGAGCGCAGGAACGCGUCAAAGGCCAGGCAGAAGGCUCUUCGGCGCAGACUGGAGAGGAGGAGGCAUACGCACAGAGUGCGAACCUCGAUGCGGAACUUCACCAAGAUCUUCUGAACGGAAACACAGGGCUGCGCGCCAUGCUGUCCACAGAAGAGGGAGAGAAGGCAGGGAAGAAGCAGACAAAGGACAAAGACCUCGACGGAGCUGGAACGCGCGAGGCCCUGUGGCGAGAAAUCGAUGCCUGGGUGCAGUCGGAGCAGAAAAUGGAAGCGGAGCGCAGCGACGACGGCCACGUCGCCAAGCCGCGAUCAGUUGGUGUAUAUACACCUGACUACACUGCCAUUACAGAGGGUUCUUGCGGACUCCUUGUCAUUCCGCGCUGGUUUUACGUCCUCACGGUCAAGGCGUCUCUAGAUCUCGAGCGGAAGCGCCAAGCCAGAAGCACGUAG